CCGCCGGAGCCUAGCGCGUCGAGUUCAUCGCAGCCCGCGUGUGUGCCGCAGUUCUCUGGCCGUGCGAAGCGACUCGUCGAGGCCAUCCGCGAGGGAGGACUGAUUUCUGGCCGUGCGGAGCGACUCGCCGAGGCCAUUCGCGAGCGAGUGACUGUUUUUCUGGCCGUGCGGGGUGAUUACUUAGGCCAUCCGCGAAAGGAGGACUGUUUUCUGGCCGUGCGGGACGACCCGUCGAGGCCAUUCGCGAGGGAGAUCUGUUUUCUGGCCGUGCGGGGCGACUCGCCGUGGCUAUUCGCGAGGGAGAUCUGUUUUCUGGCCGUGCGGGGCGACUCGCCGUGGCCAUCCGCGAGGGAGAGGACUUGUUUUUCUGGCCGUGCGGGGCGACUCUUUGAGAUCAUCCGCGAAACGCAAGACUUUUUCUGGCCGUGCGGAGUGACUCGCCGAGGCCGUCCGCGAAUUAACAAAGAGACGUGAUUUUUUUUCUUCUUCUUCUGGCCGAGCGGGAAGAUCCGGCGAGGCCAACCCGCCUGCGCGCGCGUGGAAGUGUCGGCGCGGCAGUCGCUCGCCCGGGACAGAGAGGACGACGGGGCAGGUCGCUUCCCACCGCCUGGACGAGAGAAACCAGUUCUGGAAGCGAGCCCCGGGGGUACGGGCUCCACCAGAUGUGCGCCGCCCGACGCCAGCGACCGUUUUUUUUUUUUUUUUUCCGUCCUCUGAACGUUUUUUGUUUUUCGCUCGGGGUUCGCGUUCGGUUUCCCCCCCCCCCCCUCCCCACCUUGGCCACGCUGCACCGAAAGGAGACGACGUGUUUCUCGUGAGGCGGGCGCGCCUCCAAGGCCGGCCGGGUCCCGAACGAAGGCCGACACAUUCCACUUCUAGGGAAGUUCGUCUUUGAGCCGCUCGUGCCUGGCUUGGACGCUUCUGGAAAAAAAACGGGGCGCGAAGUGCUCCGGCUUUUUUUUUGAACGAGCGACAGACCGCUUUCAGGGUCGUUCCUGCUUCUACAGUUUUUUUUUUCUUUUUUGUUGUUGUUUGCAACCACGUGUCACGUUGAAGUUGAGCAUUUUUCAAGAGGGUCGCGACGCGACUGAUUGGAUCAUCGUCGGACGGGCGCCGGAAGAACGCCGUGGACCUGGAGCGUCGGCGAAGUUGUGGAGAACGACGACAGAGUGCCGCAGCGAUUGAAGGGAGAUCUCGCGCGGGUUGUCUGGGACAGCGUCGGAGGUUUUUUCGGGAGACGGGACGAUGAAGAGGACCCGGGACUAGCCGAGCGCGGGAAGAUGCCGCGCAAGUGCUGCGUGCCGGGCUGCCGCUCCAACUGCGCGGCGGCGACCCCUGGGUCCCCCGUCGGCCGCGUCACGGUCUUCUCGCUGCCCAAGGACGAGGCCCUGCGCGCGCGCUGGCUGCUGGCGGUCGGCGGCGAGGGCUUCGACCCGGGCCCGCGCGCCGUCGUGUGCGCGCGCCACUUCUCCGAGGACUCCAUGGUGAGGCGCGACGGCUCGCCUCGCCGGGUGCCCAAGCUGGCUCCGGGGGCGUGCCCCUCGCUGUUCCCCGGGCCCCGCCCCCGCGACGACGACGACUCGUCCUCCGGCUCCGCGGACUCGGAAGCGUACUGGCCCCGAGGUGAAACCACCUCUGUUGGUUCUGGAUCUGGCACCGCGGGCGCACACUCGCUGUUCAGCGGCAUCCCUGGAGGCUUCGCGAACCACCUGGCGGGACACCCCUUGCCGGGGGCCUUCUCCAUGAUGGGCGGCCGGGGCGGCUCGGGGGGCGGCUACGGGGCGCCCCACCACCCGCCCACCACGGCGCCCGGCACCUACGGGGGCCUGGGGACGCUCAGUGUGGCCGCGAGCCAGGCCGCCAGCCUGGGCAUCAACCCCGCCAGUGCUGCGUGGUGGACGAUGGCGUCCCACCUCGCCGCCCAGGACUACCUGGCCCGGCUGCAGGCCAGCGGGAUGUCGUUCGGGGGCCUGACCGGCACCGAGAGCCUCCUGCCGGGGUACCCGCUGCUCACCACACCGCACUCCCAGCCCCACGUGUCGUCCGGCAAGAUGUCGGGCGGCAAGUCGGGGGGCGGCCUGAAGGCGGGCGGCGGCGGAGGGGGCGGGCUCAGCACCACGUCGUCCUCGCUGCUGUCCUCGUCUACGCCGACCCUCGCCACCUCCAGCCCGUCGCUGCACCACCGCGAGCGGGAGCGGGAGCGUGAGAGGGAGCGCGAGAGGGAGAGGGACCGGGAGAGGGACAAGGAGCGCGAGAGGGAGCGCGAGAGGGAGCGCGAGAGGGAGACCCCGGUGCCGGCCAGCGCCGGGUCCCUCGGGCUGCACCCGCCGAGCAUCAUCAGUGAUCCGGCCAGCAUCCUGGGCGGGGUGCGUCUUCCCCCGGACACGGAGAUCAUCAAGUACACGUCGUCCAUCGUCGGCCCCAAGAUCCCGGGCACGACCAACCGCGGCCGCAAGAAGACCAUCUCGCUGGACCCCCCGUCGGUCAGCGUCAUGCCCACGCACUCGUCCACGGGCAUGCUGAUCGAGCGCGGCGGGCGCAAGCACUCUCGCGGCCGUCUCGUCGCGGACCAGGUGGACUACCGGGAGGGCGACCGGGACCGCGUGGAGGUCAUCAAGCUGCCCGCGCACAGCAACAACGGCACCAUCCCGCUCAACAUCCCGUCGUUCGGCGGGGGCGGCGGCUACGGGGGCGGAUCCCCGGGCGCGCCGGACAGCGAUGCCCCGCUCAACCUCUCGCUCAAGCCCCAGCCCCCCUUCGCCCCCGCCGGCCCGCGCCAGUCGCCGGCGCUGUCGUCCCUGUCCAGCAUGUCGGCGGCGCUGGCGCCGGCCGCCCCGGACCGCAUAUCGCGCCGCAAGCCGGGCCCCAAGCCGCGCCGGGUGAUCCAGAGCCCGGCCCCCACGUCCAUCCCGGCCUCGCCCAGCCCGUCGCUGGUCCAGCUGUUCGCGGCCGCGGACUCCCCGUCGCCGCGGCCGUCCAGCGGCGGGGAGGACAGCGAGCCCUCCCCCAAGGACGGCCGGCCACGUAACCUCGGUCGCGGGACGUCGAAACCGAAAAAGAACACGGUGGCCUCGUUACUUGCACAGAGCAGGGCGCUGGGCAUCAAGCCGACCGCAGGGCUGGACGUCUCGUCCUCCAACCACCAGGUGUCGUUGCUCAAGCCCAGCCUGUCGGGCAGCGAGCCCGAGUCGGAACAGGACCAGCGCUGCGAGGACGACGAGGAGGACGAGGACCAGCGGGGAGCGAGGCACGACGAGCUGCCACGCCUCGGGAGGGAGGACCUGCCCCAGCCGAGACGUGACGAGGAACCCCAGCUGAGGCUUGACGAGGAACCCCAGCUGAGGCGGGACGAGGAACCCCUGCCGAGGCGAGACGAGGAACCCGAGCUGAGACGUGACGAGGAGCCCCAGCCGAGGCGGGACGAGGACCUCCAGCCGAGGCGGGACGAGGAACCCCAGCCGGGGCGUGACGAGGACCGGGACCGGGACGAGGACGAGGACGAGGACUGCGAAGAGGUUCGGCAGGGGUCGCAGCGAAGCGAGUGCGGGGAUCAGCCGCUGCUGGAGGACCAGCGCGAGGUGUCGGAGGAGCAGCCCUCGGCCCUCGACCAGCCGCCGCGCGAUUCGCCGCCCGUCCUCACCCCUCCGCCGCCGCCCCUCCCGCCGCCACCCCCGCCGCCAUCACAAGCGGAGCCGCCCACGCCGAUGGACAGCGAGUGCGAGAGUAACGACGCGCCGCCAUGCGAGCGGGCGCACAAGCCGCCGUCCCCCGCCACCCCCUCCUCGGACCAGGACCACGUCUCCAACAAGCAGAAGAGGCACCUGGUGAGCUCCCGCUCGGAGGACAACAAGCUGAAGAUCCGUGCGGUGGAGGGGCUGAGCGAGGACAGCAGCAUGGCCGACGUGAGCACGGACUCUGGCUCGGGCUCCGAGGGGGCCGUCAGCGACAGCGAGGCCGACACCGGUGGCACGCCCCGCAAGGAGGAGCAGGACAAGUGCGGCGGUCCGACGCCCAAGCGACGAAAGCUGGAGAAGGACCUGUGCGACCUCCGCAUCCCGCUGGAGCACGGCUGGAGGCGUGAGACCCUCAUCGGCGGUGUCAGCAGGACCGGCACCAUCAAGGGCGACGUCAGCUACUUCUCCCCGUGCGGCCGGCGCAUCCGCCAGUUCCCGGACAUCGUCCGGUACCUGGAGAAGAACAACGUGUUCGGCCUGAGCCGGGAGAACUUCAGCUUCAGCCCCAAGGUGGUGCUGGGGGAGUUCCUGCAGCCGACGGGCGGGGAGGAGCCGGUGCGGCUGUCGGAGGAGCAGGUGGCCAAGCGGCUGGAGGACCUGCGCACCUGCAAGGCCAAGUCGCACGCCUCCAACGCGCACAAGCUGGAGGCGGCGCGGAUCGCUCAGGAGCAGAAGCUGCAGCAGCAGCUGGAGAGGGAGAAGGCGGCCAUGAUGGCGAAGGAGGCGCGCCGGGCGGCCAAGGAGGAGGCUGCCCGCCAGAAGGAGCACGUCAGAUUGUUAAAGGAGCAAGAACGCAACGAGCGGCAGGAAGCCAUCAGGAAGGAACGGGAGCUGCGAAAUCAACAGCUGAUGGAGGGUAGGAAGAGGCUUGCUUUCACACUCGAACAAAAAAUGCACAUCAUUCGUGAAAUCGAGAAAGGAAAGAGCAAAUCUGACGUUAGCCGGGAGUUAGGGCUCGCCAGUUCCACGGUCGCAACCAUUUGGAAAAAUCGGGACAGCGUCAUCUCGGCGUUUGAGAGCAACGGCCCGAAGACGGAGGCGGUGGCCGUAGCGACGCAAGCGCAAGCUAGUAGCAUUACGAGCGGUGACGACGAUGACGUGGCCGAAACGGCUCGGCGCAAGCGGCAGGAAGAGUUGGAGAAGCAGCGUCAGGAGGAGCAGCUACGCAAGCAGCAGGAGCGCGAGCUGAAGCGCCAGCAGGCUGCUCUCAUCAAGGAGCAACUUUACAUGCAGGAGCUCAAUAAACAAAGGGAGAUGCUGUACACGGUGGAAUUGGAGCGGGAGCGCCGGCGACAGCACAUCAUGCUGGUGAAGGUGCUGGACGGGCGCAAGCGGCUGGAGGAGCGCGAGCGCAAGCGGCAGGAGCUGCGGGCGGAGAAGCUGGCGACCAAGGAGCGGCGCAUGGAGCAGCGUCGCAUCGAGCUGGAGCUGGUGAAGGAGCUCCGGAAGCCGGUGGAGGACAUGGAGCUCACAGACCACAAGCCGCUGCCGACUCUCAACCGCAUCCCGGGGCUGAAGCUGUCUGGCCAGGCGUUCGCCGACACGCUGAUGGUGUUCGAGUUCCUGCACAACUUCGGCGAGACGCUCGGGUUCGACAUGGACAGCCUGCCGACGCUCAACAGCCUGCAGAUGGCGCUGCUGAGCGACGAGGAGUCCGAGGAGGAGCUGCUGUCGGUGAUGACCCACCUGCUGGUGUGCGCCAUCGAGGACCCGGGCAUCCCCAACCCCGCCCGCCACACCACCAUCCUGGGCCAGUCCCUGAAGCAGGCCGACAUCACGCACGCCAACCUGUCGGAGAUCCUGCGCAUCUACCUGUACGCCAACGCCACCGGCGAGGUGAAAGCCCUCACAGGCCUGCACUUUGAGCGCGACCGGGAGAAGAAGUCGGACCACCACAACAACUUCGGGGAGACGGCGGCGCCGUGCGGCAAGAACGCGGCGUUCUUCGAGCACCUGCGCGGCAACCCGACGUGGCGCAUGUCGGAGUGGCUGAACGAGCGGCCGUUCAUGGCGCUGAACCCCACGCACAAGGCCGCCAUCCUGGCGUUCCUCUGCAACGAGCUGCUGCAGAACAAGGCGGUGAUCCGGCAGAUCGACGCCUCCAUCGACACGGUGGGCCAGCUGAGGCGCGACCGCUGGCUCAUGGACACCAAGCUCAGGAAGCUGCGCGUGCUGCAUAGCCGCAAGGUGCGCCAGCCGACCAUGCAGCCGCUGAAGGCGGGCAGCAGCCCGUGCGAGGAGCCGGGCGACCUGGGGCUGGAUGGCAAGGCGGUGAAGCCCGAGGGCGACGACGCUGACGACGACGACGCGGAGGACGACGACCCGGAAAGCGGCAACGAGAGCGACGGCACGCAGCCGGAGGAGGAGGAAGACCGGAACCUGAGCGCGGAGGAGCUCCACCGCAAGAUCGAGCGCCUGAGCCGCCAGUGCGACAACUCCCUGCACGCGCUCAACACGUCCUCCCAGCAGCUGCGCGCCGUCUGCUUCGGCCAGGACCGCUACUGGCGGCGUUACUGGUCGCUGCCGUGCGCGGGCGGGGUCUUCGUGGAGGCCAUGGAGUCUGCCGAGCCGGAGGUGUUCGAGGUGGAGCGGUCGGCCGCCGCGCCGGCCCCCGCGCCCGAGAGCCGGCUGGCGGAGGGGCAGCCGGGCCCGGAGGAGCGCGGGGGCGACGACUGCCGGGCCCCGGGGGCCGACUACGAGGAGGGGCGGUCGUGCGAGGGCGCGGAGGCGGCGGGCGACGAGAGUGACGGGGACGAGACCAGGAACGAGCACCGCAAGACCCGCACCAGGGAGAAGGUGCGGGACGACGAGGCCGCCGAGCGCUCGCCCGGGGAGACCGCGACGAGCGAGGACUGCGUGGAGGUGAAGACUGAGCCGGAGGCGGAGAUGGAGGUGGACGACGCCGGGGGGGAGGGGGGCGACGGGGAGUGCGCGGCCGGCGAGCGGACGGCGACGGUGAAGGACGAGGGCUGCGGCACCGCGACGAGAACGCCGUCCGACCACUCGCUGUCGUUCCUGCUGGACAAGAAGAUCGACGACACGAGGUUCGCGAACGACGCCGCGGACAGCCGGGCGAAGGACGACGGCCUGAGUGCCGUCAAGGUGGAGAUAAAGAGCGACCUGUUCGGCACGGAGCUGAACGCGCACGGGAUGGAGGACAAGUUCGUGGCGGACUGCCGGGAGAAGACGCUCGUGUUCGCGGGCAAGGCGUCCGCGGAGGAGGCGGACGGCAAGGUCCCGACCGCGUUUCUAGUCCACAAGCCCCUCCAGUUCGAGCGGUUGGGGGAGUGCAUGGAGAAGGCCGGCGCGGUCGAGCUGGGCUCUGUGCUCAUCCCGAACGGGGACAAGUUCAACUCGCUGAGCCACGUGUGCAGUGCGUCGAUGUUCAACAACGGCAAGGAGCUGAACGGCGGCUUCCUGCUGGGGAGCAUGGCGAACGUUUCUCAGACGGAGAGGAACUGGUUCAGCAUUUUACCUCGCGAUUCCUGUGAUCUUACGUCUCUGACCAGCGUGUCCACAGCUCGGCUGCUGGAGGGGACGCCCGGCCUGGAGCUGCGCAUCCCGGUGUUCCCCCCGCCCUCGCGCCUGUCGUCGCCCUCCCCGGCGAGCAGCCAGUGCGAGUCCCCGGCCCCGCUGGUGCUCACCGCCGAGGAGAUGGUGCAGCUGGAGCAGAUGAAGAGGUGCGGCCCGCCGCCCGAGCCCGCCCAGGCCCGGCCCGUGCCCCUCGAGCUGCAGCGGGGCUGGUGGAGGAUCACGGACGAGGACCAGCUGCGCACGAUCGCGGGGAACCUGCACUCGCGCGGCGUGCGCGAGCGCGAGCUCAAGAGGGUCGUGAGCAAGCACGUGGACAGCUGCGCGGUCAAGGUGUGCCUGGCGGGAGACAAGGCGGCCACCGACCUCGCCAUCACGCCCAUGGACAGCAAGGUGUCGCAGCUGCCGGGGGGAGCCCCGCUGGUGGACUCCCGCGCCAGCUGGUUCUCCGACGUGGCGCUGCGCGUCGACCUGGCGACGCUGGAGCAGGUCGAGGCGCUCGAGGACAAGGUCGCCAACGCCAGCAUGCAGGUCAAGGGCUGGAAGGUGCCGGGGCGAGUCACGGCGGAGGAGGGGGCAGUGUUCCGGCCGUCCUGCACGCCGUGCUGCGGGGACGACGACGCUCGCCUGGACCCCGUGUCCGUCGCGAAGGAGCGCCUGCUGUCCUUGGAGGCGGCCAUCGAGAGGCGGUACCUGAGGCCCCCCCUGGGAGUCAGCACGGGCGACGUGAACCUGUCGGGCGUGUCCGGGGAGGGCGCGCCCAACGACGACGUGCCCAAGGGGCUGGCCGUGUGGCGCGACGCCGUCUCCCGCGCCCACACCUCCGCCCAGGUCGCCAUGGCCCUGUGCAUGCUCGAGGCUUCCGUCGCCUGGGACAAGAGCAUCAUGAAAGCAGUGAGUUCGCUUUCGUCAGCAUCCGGCAGAGGUUCUAGUAACUGCCAGUUCUGCCACAGCGGGGACAACGAGGACAAGCUACUGCUGUGCGACGGCUGCGACAAGGGCUACCACACGUACUGCUUCCGCCCCAAGAUGGACAACAUUCCCGACGGAGACUGGUACUGCUACGAGUGCAUGAACAAGGCGACGGGCGAGCGGAACUGCAUCGUGUGCGGCAAGAAGUCAGGCAAGAACCUGGUGACGUGCGACAUGUGCCCCCGCGCCUACCACACGGACUGCCUGCAGCCGUCGCUUCCCAAGGUGCCCAGGGGGAAGUGGUUCUGCCCCACCUGCCAGUCGAAGCAGCCCCGCAAGAGGAACAGCGGCCGGCGGUCGGCUUCGCACGGCAAGUCGCACCGUGAGAGCGAGAGCAGCGACAUAGCCCUGUCCACGCCGCCGGCCACGCCCGGGGGCUGCCCCGCGGGGGACGACGCCGCCUCCCUGGCCUCCGCCCCCUCGCCGCCCAGCACGCCGGGCAAGAAGGAGCGCGAGCGGAGCAAGAAGCUGGCCAAGGACCUGAGCCCGUGCCGCGCGGUGCUGGAGGAGUUGGAGCGCCACGACGAGGCGUGGCCCUUCCUGCUGCCCGUCAACACCAAGCAGUUCCCCACGUACCGCAAGAUCAUCCGCAGCCCCAUGGACCUGAGCACCAUCAAGAGGAGGCUGCAGGACUGCCUAUACAAGUCCCGGGAGGAGUUCUGCGCGGACGUGCGUCUCAUCUUCAACAACUGCGAGACGUUCAACGAGGACGACUCUCCGGUGGGGAAGGCGGGCCACAACAUGAGGAUGUUCUUCGAGAUGCGGUGGAACGAAGUGUGCGGCAGCCACCCGAAGCCCGGCACGCCGCCAUAACAUGUCGCAGAGCACAGACGCAACCGCGCGCUCUCCCCCCUCGUCCGUGUUCCCUCGCGUCGCCCUCUCACGUCAGUGUGUGGUCACAAUAAGUGGAGUUGUUUUCGUUCUUCCUAUUUACGUGUUAAAUGCAUAUGCUUGUACAAGUGAGAAAUUUCAGUUCUUGAACACUAUAAAAAACAUGCGGUGGACUGUUUUUUUUUGCAAGUGUUCGUCAAAAAAAAAAAUUAUUUCAAAGUAUUUUUUUUUAUUUCUUCUUAAUUGAAUUGUGUGAAGUCAUGUAAAUCACAUGAUAUAUAUUCAAGUCUGAGCAAGGAAAUUAUUGGUUGUAAUUAAUUAAAUGAAACUUGCUCUACAGUUACUUCUUGUGUUAAAUGUUUGACUGAAGAUGCAGGUACAUUAAAGAGUAAAAAAUUUAUAGUUGAAAUUUUUGCAAUUUUGAGUCAUUGGUGCAUUGUUUUGAUUCUACAUGCAUUUUUGUAAUACUGUAGUCAUAUUUUUGAGGUGUGAUGUAACAUUUAAAGAAUUUGUCGUGCUUUAUAGAAGAGAAGAACAUUUGUAUUAAUGCAAGUCGUGAAUUUUUUUUUUUUGUAAAGUCUUCAAGCUGAUAAACUUUUUUUUCCUUCCAUUUUUGGAAUGUCUGCAAGCUCUCUACAUUUAAUGUAAAUUUUUGAGAAUAUUGUUGUGGCAUGCUGAAUUAGCAGUGGCAGCUAAGGCGUUUAGUUAUAUUUUUUUUAUGUUCUUUUUUAAAAUCGUAAUUCAUGGGUUCGUUGCAUGAAAGAACAGUUGAUUUUGUGAUUGCGAAGUUGGUAGUCUCUAAAGGACACGGGUGAAAGAACUUGGUUUGUAUUUGUGCCUCAAGACAAAGCGUCCAGUCCUGUCGUUUUGGUGUUGCUAAAUCUAGGGCUCGUCUUGCCACCAAGCAUUGUCUACCACAAUGUCUCAUUGUUGUAAAUUUGUAGUUUACGAGCAUGUAACUAGUGUAUUAAAAGGGCAUUUAAUAUAUAAAUAGGCAAAAAAAAUAAUAGAUGUACAUAUUUAUUUUCUGGUGUUCACAAAUUUAGACAGGUAGUAAGUUAUGUUUACCGAAGACAACAUGAACUGUUUUGUUUUCAGUGUGUUAUGUACAAAAAAAACUAUUACCGUAAUUUUAAUAUAAUUACCUGUGUAAUUUGUGUAACAUAGUGUACUGUAUUUACUUAAAUAUAAAGAUGUUGACAGAAAAAUUAGAAAAUAUUUGUGCUCCAAAUGUGUAUAGAAAAUUUUUGUAUAUGAAGUGUAUUAUUUAUAAUAAAACUGGAAAGCA